ACGGUGAGUGUGUAGGAAGGAUUGCGCUCAGUCAGUCAGUCGGAGGGAGAGAGAGAGAGAGUGCAGGGGAAAGUGAGCUGGGUUCCAGAGAGAAGGGGACGAGACACAACCCAGGACAGACGGAGACAACUUUCUUCCAAGACGCUCACAAUUUGUCUUGGUCCCCCUCGCGGAGCGCGUUUUUCUUUGGGUGCGCUUUUUGAAAGAGCGACAGGAAACAACGCGCAAAUUAUUUUUAGGGUGGGUGGGGGGGGAUUAAAAGUGUGAGAGCAGUGGAUGUGAGUCGGGAGGGGGGGACAGGUUUUUAACUCAUUGCCGGAGGAAUGUAUCCAACUCGGGCAGCGGCGUGCCAGCGUCUGUGGAGAUGUCCAGCCUGCGCGCUCUGGAUCGCCCUGCUCCUCCAAAGUGUCCUGGACCUGAGCGCGUCUGGGUCUGAGUUUCCCCACGACCCCAGUGUACUAGCUACCAUCUCAUGGAGCAGCUCUAGUGAUGGGCCCUCCUUCAUCCGCCUCGAGGCUCCCCUGAACAACAUCACCACCUCGCUGGGCCACACCGCCGAGCUCUUCUGCCGCGUGUCGGGCAACCCGCCGCCCGCCGUGCGCUGGCUGAAGAACGACGCCCCCGUCGUGCAGGAGCCGCGCCGCGUCUCCUACCGGUCCACGCCGUACGGCUCGCGGCUCCGCAUCCGCAACCUGGACACCACCGACACGGGCUACUUCCAGUGCAUGGCGACCAACACGCAGGGCACUGUGUCCACGACAGGCGUGCUCUUUGUCAAAUUCGAUCCGCUCCCUACACCUCUGGCAGGAAGGCCGACGGAGGAGUUCGACGAAGAGGGAUUCUGCCAACCGUACAGAGGCAUCGCCUGCGCACGCUUCAUCGGGAACCGCAGCAUCUUCGUCGAUUCGCUGCAGAUGCAGGGCGAGAUCGAGACCCAGAUCACAGCGGCCUUCACCAUGAUCGGGACGUCCAACCAUUUGUCCGACCGCUGCUCCCAGUUUGCCAUCCCCUCCCUCUGCCACUUCGCCUUCCCGACGUGCGACCGCAGCUCGGGGGCCGACAAGCCGCGGGACCUGUGCAAGGACGAGUGCGAGAUCCUGGAGAACGACCUGUGCAAGACGGAGUACAUCAUCGCCCGCUCGAACCCCAUAAUCCUGAAGACACUGAAACUGCCCAACUGCGACGACCUGGCCGCCUCGGACAGUCCGGAGGCUGCCAACUGUCUGAGGAUCGGCAUCCCAAUGGCCGAGCCCAUCAACAAGAAUCACAAGUGUUACAACAGCAGCGGGGCCGACUACCGCGGGACGGUCAGCGUGACCAAGUCGGGCCGCCAGUGUCAGCCGUGGAACUCCCAGUACCCACACAGCCACACCUACCUGGCCCUCCGCUACCCGGAGUUGAACGGGGGACACUCGUACUGCCGCAACCCGGGGAACAAACACGAGGCCCCCUGGUGCUUCACUCUGGACGAGGGGGUCCGCAUGGAGCUGUGCGACAUACCCAUCUGCGACCACAAGGACAAGUCUGGCGGCGGCAACAUGGAGAUCUUGUACAUCCUGGUUCCCAGUGUGGCCAUCCCGCUGGCCAUCGCCCUGCUGUUCUUCUUCAUCUGUGUGUGCCGCAACAACCAGAAGUCGCCCAGGCCUCCCGCGCCGCGCCAGCCCAAACCAGUGCGCGGGCAGAACGUGGAGAUGUCCAUGCUCAGCACCGCGUACAAGCCGAAGAGCAAGGCCAAAGAGCUCCCGUUGUCGGCCGUGCGCUUCAUGGAGGAGCUCGGAGGGUGCACCCUGGGGAAGAUCUACAAGGGUCACCUGUAUCUACCCGGCAUGGACCAGGCACAGCUUGUGGCCAUAAAGACCCUGAAGGAUCUCUCCAGUACCCAGCAGUGGGGCGACUUCCAGCAGGAGGCGGCAGUGCUGACGGAGCUGCAACACCCAAAUGUGGUGUGCCUGCUGGGCGUGGUGACGCAGGAGCAGCCCGUCUGCAUGCUGUUCGAGUUCCUCCCUCAAGGGGACCUGCACGAGUUCCUCAUCAUGCGCUCGCCGCACUCCGACGUGGGCUGCAGCAGCGACGAGGACGGCACGGUGAAAUCCAGCCUGGACCACGGAGACUUCCUGCAUAUGUCCAUACAGGUGGCUGCUGGGAUGGAGUACUUGGCCAGUCACUUCUACAUCCAUAAAGACCUCGCCGCCCGGAACGUCCUGGUGGGCGAGCAGCUCCACGUCAAGAUCUCCGACCUGGGCCUCUCGCGAGAGAUCUACUCCUCCGACUACUUCUGCAUCCAGCCCAAAAUGCUGCUGCCCAUCCGCUGGAUGUCCCCCGAGGCCAUGACCUACGGCAAGUUCACCAGCGACUCGGACAUCUGGUCCUUCGGAGUCGUGCUGUGGGAGAUCUUCAGCUACGGCCUGCAGCCCUACUACGGCUUCUCCAACCAGGAAGUGAUGGAGAUGGUGAGAAAGAGACAGCUGCUGCCCUGCCCCGAGGACUGCCCGCCAAGGUUCUAUGGCUUGAUGACCGAGUGUUGGCAGGAGGGACCAGGACGUAGGCCGAGGUUCAAGGACAUCCACACCCGCCUGAGGGCCUGGGAGGGGCUGUCGUCCCACGCCAGUUCCAGCACUCCCUCUGGCGGCGGAGGCAACGCCACCACCCAGACCACCUCGCUCAGUGCCAGCCCCGUCAGCAACCUCAGCAACCCCCGGUACGCCGCCGCUGCCGCCGUCGCCGCCGCGGGAUACCUCUACCCGCCCCAGGCCAUGACCUCGCCAGGCCAGAUGGGUCCCAUGACGGCCUGGGCGCCCAUGGCCGUGUCCCAGACCCACCAGCGCUUUAUCCCCGUCAACGGAUACCCCAUCCCCACGGGAUACGCAGCUUUUCCUGCCCACUUCGCUCCCCCUGCUCCGCCCGCCCGGGUAAUCCAGCAUCACCUGCCUCCUCCGAAGAGCCGCUCCCCCAGCAGCGCGAGCGGCUCCACCAGCACGGGCCACGUCAGCGGCGUGCCCUCCACCACGGGCUCCAACCACGACGCCAACGCGCCGCUGCUCUCCCACUGCAUCAUGCCGGGCGGCGGCGGGGCGGCUCAGAUGUACGGACACAUUUCUCAGAAGGGGGUGGGACAGCUGGACCACGGAUCGCAAACGUCGGCGCUGCUCAACGCAGAUUCUGACGUGCUCAUGUACAACGACUCGGUCAUCACCGCAGACCUGUAGAUAGACAGACAGGACACUCGCCUGAUAUUAUAGCGCUCCUCUGGUCACGCAGGGACCGAACGGAACCAGGUCUGGAAGCACGUGUGGGCGUGCGAGAGACACAGCCGCAGCUACACAAGUAUAUACACAGCUGUUUGACUUUUCAACGCCUUACUGUUUAAAGCAAGUGUACUCCACCACCACGGUUUGAAAACGUUAUUAUUUUAACCUCUGUGUAAAUACGGUACAUACGUCCCGAAUGGACGGAAUACAAAGAUAUAUAUUCCAAAGAACGUUUUAUCAUGGAAAACACUUUAACGGUGAAAGAGUAGCAAGUCCAUCCUGUGUCAACUCAAAGGACCGUUUCCUGCGGGACGUCAAGGAGACACUGACGUGACCCAUCAUCGUGACCUUCAGGUCCCCUCGCAGCUGCGGUGCGACUUGCCCGCUUCUGGACAUCGGAAUGGACAAAAGUGUGCUGUACAUUAAAGCUUGUACAGGAAAAGACAAUUGAGCAAGAAUGGACGGCAGCCUGAUCAAACCCAGAGGUGUGGUGGACAGAGGACCAGCACCGAACCCCCCCCCCCCCCAACAAACACAGCCGUCCUGGAGCUGGACCCUGGCGCUAAACUUUUUGCAGCAUUUUACACGCCUGUUACACGGGAGCUCUCCAAUCGAAGCGGCAGAAUCUGAAACAAUGGUCAUUGUUCGAGCGCACUCCUUUCAGAGGUGACAACCGAAUGUUUUUGUGCAAACUCAAACAUGACUGUCUGAGACUUCGCCAACUCGGACGCAGGCCUCUUUGCCUUCUUCAAACCUCAGUGUACUGCAAUCUGCCCAGGCUGAGGAACAAGGUUUUGUGCGUGUGUGUGUGUGUGUGUGUGUGUGUGUGUGUGUGUAGUUUCUUUUUUAUUUUGGUGUGUGUGUGUGUGUGUGUGUGUGUGGAUUGAACAGUAAACGCUGCAUCAGCCGUCCAUUCUCCCGUCCUUCCUCGCUAUUCGUCUCUGUGCUCGCGUCAUCAUUUGUCCGUCUGCUUAUCUCGCCGUCUCUAUCUUCCAAGCCCCCGGCAAACAUGGCGUCCGACUUCAAAGCUGGCAGCAGAGAACCGCCUCCACGUCUACACAUCGAAAAAAAUCUCACACCGCUCGUAUCCUCAUGUCCUCGACAGGCACCCCCACAGCCAAACUGGACCGCUCUCACUGGCAAACACUCUCAAUCCACCACACGAGGGCCGGGGUCAGUUUUACCGUUCAACAACUGACUGCUGACAUUUCGUCACGCGCGUAAAGAAUUUUAAUGUACAUUGGAUUUUUUUUUUUUGAUAUUUUGGAGAUUUUAGGAGGGGUUUUUUUUGUUUUUAGUUUUUUCAUUGUCUAAAUUUUGAAGGAGUUUACAGAUUUUAUUCACAGGGCUUUGUCUUUAUAUCUCUGUCCUCUACUUUCCUUGUUUUUUAUGGCGUCUGUAUUGUGUAAAAAAAAUAAAAACCAUUCGAGACAUGGAGGAAUGAAAGUACACAAAACGGGGAGGAUAAAAAUACAUAAAACUCAUAACAGGUAGUGCUGUAAUUAAGGAAAAAGACGGGGACAGAUUGUGCAGAGAGGUGUGUGUGUGUAUGUUCUUAUCAGGUUCUUAUCUGGUUCUGUAUCAGUAUGGUUUGGAUGCAUUUACCCGUGUAAUUCCUUAAUGAUAUGAAGUUGUGUGCGUGUGUGUGUGUGUGUGUGUGUGCGUGAGCGUUCGUGCGUGCGUGCGUGUGUGUGUGAGUGUGAGUGUGUGUAUGUGUGUGUGUUAACGACUAACUCUCAGUCCUGUGAUCACGUGAUGCUGUCAUGACGAUGGUUGAUUAGAUGGCUAAUGGCUAAAUAUGAUGCUCUUGUCAUUGAUAGAAUCAGCUGUAGUAAUGGAACAGUUUGUAAUGUCAGCCCUGAGGAAUCCCACAGUAUCUGUGUUAGGAGACAAUCAUUGGUUUUCGGUCAUUCGAAAGAAAAAAAGUAAAGUUUAACCGCACGUGUUGCACUCCUGUUGUUUACAGAUCUUUGUGUCACCAAUCAUCAGCGACAGUUGUUAAUCAAGCACAUACUUUGCACGCGACACGAGGAUAUUCCGAAGCCCAGUUGAAUCAGCCUAACACAGUGCAUUGUGGUCUUUGGGAAGAUGUUCGCCACGCGUCGAUGAACACGACUGUAAUCUAUUCACUUCAGUAUUCAGUCUGAGGUCACAGCAAGAAAAACAGCAGCUGCUCAUACUCGACGGAAGCGUUGAAAUCAAAAUAUAUUCCAUCCACCUCAGUCAGGCUACACGGCUCAUCCCUGCAGGGGUUGCGGUCAGGCCGGAGCUCGACCCAGGCAACGUUGGGUGAGAGGGGGAACGGGGGCCACACCCCUGUACCGGUCGCCAGCGUAUCUCAGGGCGAGCCUCAGUCAACCCCCGAGAUAAUUUAUUCAACCCAAAUCUCUUCAACUUAGAAGCUGAUCGUCUGCCUUGAGCGGCAUGAGACGGAGGAGACUUUGCUUCCGCCUUCGGGUGACGAGACUUGUUCCCCGUGUCGCAAUCCAGUCCAAAAAUGAUUUUCCAUCAAGUUUUCAUUCCGUUGCUGUCUCACGUCUCUGUCCUGUGUCCAUCGUUUCCCUACCCUGAAGCAGAUCGAGCUACCUAGGCAUCUGAGUUCAGACACGUGACCUUCUAAACGUCAAGGACGCACGUGUGCUGCUCUGACAGUGCGAAAACCACUUGUACACAAGACUGUGAAUCGUAAUCAAGUCUAGGUACGUUUGUAUUUGGCAAAAAGCGAAUCAUUUUUGUACUUUCUUUUACUCUAGAUCCUUUUUUUUUUCUUUUUCUUUUUUUUCAAAAAACAACCUAAAAACAUACUUUUAGAAUUUAACAACGGUGUGCCCAUCAGAAGGUUUACGUUCUUCUCCUUUUGACCGAGAGAGGCCUUUGUCUUUGUAUCAUGUCUGAACAUUUUUGCACAGAUGUUUUGUAUUGCAAAAUCAUGUAUUAAAUGAUGUUGUUUGGUUAA